AUGGGCCAGAAAAUCUCAGGGAGCAUAAAGUCUGUGGAUGUGAGGGAGCCCCCUUAUAGACCUGUUAAACGAGAGCUGAGAGGCCCGGAUUUUUGCAAGCCAGUGCGUCUGGACAUGCUGUUGGAUAUGCCCCCCGCCAAGCUGGAGGUCCAGUAUAAACAUGCUUGGAACAAUGAAGAUCGCUCCUUAAAUAUAUUUGUAAAAGAAGAUGAUAAACUGACUUUUCAUAGACACCCGGUUGCCCAAAGUACAGACUGCAUUCGGGGCAAAGUUGGCUACACGAGAGGCCUGCACGUCUGGCAAAUCCACUGGCCCACGAGGCAACGGGGAACUCACGCUGUGGUGGGCGUCUCCACAGCCGAAGCUCCGCUGCACUCGGUGGGAUACACGUCACUAGUUGGUAGCAAUAGCGAAUCGUGGGGCUGGGAUCUGGGACGCAACAAACUCUACCACAACUGUAAAAACCAGCCUGGGGUCACGUAUCCUGUCUUUUUGGAACCGGAUGAGUCUUUUGUACUCCCAGACUCCUUGCUGGUGGUUUUGGAUAUGGAUGAAGGGACGCUUAGCUUCAUGGUAGAUGGACAGUAUCUUGGAGUGGCCUUCAGAGGACUAAAAGGGAAAAAACUUUACCCCAUAGUCAGUGCAGUUUGGGGGCACUGUGAAAUUACAAUGAGAUACGUCAACGGACUUGACCGAUAUGUUUUAAAUCUGUGGUUUUCAAAUCGGAUUUCUGGAUCCUGUAAAAAUUUCCUGUACUGGUGGGAACUCUUACAUGGUGUGCGUAAACAGACUUGA